UGCAGAGGAGCAGCAGUCCUUGAUGCAGAGGAGCAGCAGUCCAAGAGCCACGCAUUGAAGAAUUGGGUUUCAAGGCUUAAAGAUGCCCUCUACGACGCUGAUGACUUGAUUGAUGAGUUCUCUUAUGAAACCUUGAGGACACAGGUUAAUGCCAAAGGUGGAAGAAAGACCAAACAGGAUACAAACUUUGAAGAGAAUAUUGGAGUGAUUGCCAUAGCUGGAAUUGGAGGAUUAGGAAAGACCACACUUGCUCAAUCUAUUUAUAAUGAUGUGAUGAUAACAAAACAUUUUGAGCUGAAAUUAUGGAUGUGUGUUUAUGAAGAUUUUGAUGUUAAAAUUAUUGCAGAAAAGAUUCUAGAGUCUGCUACAAAGAAGAGAUGUGAGCCCCCUGAGAUGGAUACAUUGCUAAGUUUACUUCGAAAGGAAAUUGAUGGCAAAAAAUAUCUACUCAUUAUGGAUGACGUGUGGAAUGAGAAUUAUGAGAAAUGGGUUAAUUUGAAAAUGUUGUUAGUGGGUGAGGCAACUGGUAGUAGAAUUUUGAUCACCACACGUAGUAAACAGGUUGCAGAAACAUUUGAUGUGUCAUUCUUAUAUUAUUUAGAUUUUCUAAAUGAACACGAUUCUUGGUUAUUGUUUAAAAAAAUGACAUCUUUGGAGGGAGCAGAAGAAGAGCUUGAGAAUUCAAAUCUUAUCAAAAUGGGCAAGGAGAUUGUGGCAAAGUUGAAAGGUGUUUCUCUUGCGAUAAGAACUAUUGGGCGGCUUCUAUAUUCCAAAAAAUCUGAAGUUGAUUGGUUGUCUUUCAAAGACAAUGAACUUUCAAAAGCUACCUACCCAACAAGAGAAUGAGAUGCAAUCCAUCCUUAAGAUCAGUUAUAACCACCUCUCAUCUAAUUUAAAGCAAUGUUUUGCUUUUUGUGCUUUAUUCCCUAAAGAUUAUGAUAUU